GUUACCAUCCCUUCUCUUUAUUUAUCUUUAACCCUUUUUCUUUUCUUACUUUCUCUCUCCCAAACUCCACUUUAUUCUCCUCGAACCCAACCCUAAAAAAGAAAGGUACCCCCAGGCCCUCUUGAUCCUCCUUGUCUUCACAAACAACAUCGCUUCCCUUUCUCUCCCACCAUUUAGGUUUCAAACACAGGAAGGAAUCCGCCAAUACCACCCUUUAUUGCCCACCUUUUUUGGGUUCCUUAUUUUAUCAUCAUCAUCACUAUAAGUUGAUCGACAUUUAUAUUCACACAGAUUAUUGAAUUCAUAUAUAGAGAGAAGAAAUGAUGACUUCAUCGUCUGAACUGAGCCUUGAAUGCAAACCCUACAGCCAUUCCAUGCUUCUUAAAUCAUUUGGAGAGCAGAUUGCUGAUUCUGAUACCAAAAAACUUGAGGAAUUUCUAGCUCGUCUUGAAGAAGAAAGACUCAAGAUUGAUGCGUUCAAACGUGAGCUUCCCCUUUGCAUCCAACUCCUCACCAAUGCUAUGGAGGCAUCAAGGCAACAGCUUCAAUCCUAUAGAGCUAAUGCUGGGCAAAGACCAGUUCUGGAAGAAUUUAUUCCACUUAAAAACACAAGUUCUGAAGGAAUUGAAAAGGCUACAAAUAUGUCUGAUAAAACGAACUGGAUGACUUCUGUACAAUUAUGGAGUCAAUCAAAUGAAGAAAGUACAAACCAACAAUCGUCUCCGAAAGAAAGUGAUAUGGGUUUUGGAGUUAGCCCCAAGAUUGGUUUGGAUGACAGGCAGAGAAAUGGUGGAGCUUUUCAUCCAUUUUUAAAAGAUUCUAGAAAUUCAUGUCCGAGCCCAAGUUUAACAAAUUUUGCAGAUUUAGCUCUUGCUUCAUCGCACAAAGAGAUGGAAGAAAAUAAAACGAAUUCAGAAGCUAGGAGAGAAAAUUCUGGUAAGUGUAGUGAUUCAUCAGCCGAGAAAGGGCAAGUUAAAGAUUCACAAACCGCCGGAAUCAACCACUCCACUGCCGCACAAAAUCACCGCAAGGCAAGGAGAUGCUGGUCUCCGGAUUUGCACAGGCGUUUCGUGAACGCUCUUCAGAUGCUAGGUGGUUCCCAAGUGGCCACGCCAAAACAAAUCAGAGAACUCAUGAAGGUUGAUGGUUUGACCAAUGAUGAAGUAAAAAGCCAUUUGCAGAAAUACAGACUACACACUAGAAGACCAAGUCCCAGCCCACAAGCAGUAGCCACAGCAGGUCCCCAAGUGGUUUUCCUAGGAGGCAUAUGGGUUCCACAAGAUUAUGCAGCAGCCGCCGCUGUCCAUGCCGGCGGCGCACCGGCUGCCAUUUAUGGCGCACACCCUUCUAAUCAUGUAUCAGCAACUUACUGUGCGACACAACCAGGGACCCAAGAGUUCUACUCUGCACUAACGCCGCAACAGCCACCCAUCCACCACCAGCUCCAUGUGUAUAAGCCACCACUGUCACAGGCACAGACGCAUAACUCCCCCGGGUCGGACGUCCCGGGCGGAACCGGUGAUCGGUCUGAAAGCAUGGAAGAUGGGAAGUCUGAGAGUAGCAGCUGGAAAGCUGAUAGUGUUGUGGAAAAUGGAGAGAGGAAAAGAUCGUUGCUAAAGGAGGAAGGUGAAGAGAGCAAUGGAAGUGAAAUUACUCUUAAAUUCUGAUCGUCUUUGUUAAUCAGUUUAGGUUAAUUAAUGGCUAAGUUUAGGGAUAGAAUAAUUAACUAUUUGUUAAACUCCAUUGCCAUAUAGAGAGAGAGAGGAGUAAAAAUAGCAUAACCAAGAAAAGCUUGCUUUGUACCAUCUGAUUGUACGCUUGAUGUCGCUUGUUUGAUAUAAAUUAUUGAGGAAUUGAUUUACAAUUAAUUGA